AUGACUAGUGAAACAUUAUUAUUAGAAACUCUAAAUAAAGAAAAAAAAGUUAAACAAAAGGCCCAGAAAGAGGGAAUUAGUAAAAAUUUUUCGUGGGUUCUGUUUUUUGCUGGUGAGGAAUAUAACCAAGAAUUAGCCCAGCAGGAAAUACCGGAAAAAAAUAUUAUUGAUUUCGCCCAAGUGGGACAGGAAAAAGGCGA